AACAAAGCGCCAACUCUUUCAACCGCCUUGAUAGCUUGCUAGACAACAUAAAACUGAAAGAUUGACGUUUUAGGCCAUGUUAAUGUGCAUUAGCUAAUCGCAGUGUUUAAAACACAUUUCAGUUGACGUUAACAGAACCUAAUGUGCUUGUUCAAUUUGCAAUUUUUUUAAAGAUUGAUACUUAGCCUAGCAUUAAGCUAUUCGCUAAUGCUAACUAACUAGCUAACAUCCCUGACCAUGAGCUCAUUAAACUACUCAUCCCCUGCUGAAGAAGAGGAUGUCUGCUGUCCGGAGAAAGAAGCUCUGGCGCUGAACAUUGUCGUGAAAGACGAAGAGGAGGAUAUUACAGUGAAAGGAGAGAAAGAUGCUCUGGCGCUGAACAUUGUCGUGAAAGACGAAGAGGAGAAUAUUACAGUGAAAGGAGAGAAAGAUGCUCUGGCGCUGAACAUUGUCGUGAAAGACGAAGAGGAGAAUAUUAGAGUGAAAGGAGAGAAAGAUGCUCUGGCUCUGGACAUUGUCGUGAAAGACGAAGAGGAGGAUAUUACAGUGAAAGGAGAGAAAGAACCUUUCAGAAUGAAAAAGGAGGAAGAAGAGGCUGUUAUAGGGAAAGAAGAGAAAGCAUCCUCUUCCUCUCUAAAAGGUUCUAUCUCAGUAAAGGUGAAGGAGGAAGAGGUUUUGGGAGUGAAAGAGGAGGAGACAGAAUAUCAGAUUAACACCAGAGAGAGACAUGACUAUCGUGGAUCCUCUGGGGAGCCUCAACAUCCUGAUGCUGACGAGACAGAGAAGAGUCUUUUCAUUUCAGAACACCAGAUGGACAACGCAAGCCCUUCCUCUCUCCCGGAGUCCCCGUGUCGUGCCUCUCCCGGUAGCACCUUACUGCUGGGUAUAAAGAGGUUGUCUGUGCUGCUGGUGGACUGCAGGAAAACAACAGGGCUGAGUGGAACUGUGAGAGGAGGAGGAGCGAAGAAAGGAUCAGCUUUGACUCAUCAAAGAGAAAGACCAGACUCGGAGGAACCAGAGCCAGGGACGUCCAAACCAGCAAGACGACACCAGUGCUCCCACUGUGGAAAGAGUUUUAGCCAGAAAGCACACCUGAAAGCUCACGAGAGAAUACACACAGGGGAGAAACCUUACCACUGCUCCCAGUGUGGAAAGUGUUUCAACCAUUCAUGGAAGCUGAAGCUGCAUGAGAGAAUACACACAGGAGAGAAGCCUUACCACUGCUCCCAAUGUGGAAAGUGUUUCGUCCGUUUGGGGGAGCUGAAACAACAUGAGAGAAUACACACAGGAGAGAAGCCUUACCACUGCGCCCAAUGUGGAAAGUGUUUCAACCAGAAAGGACACCUGAAAAAACAUGAGAGAAUACACACAGGGGAGAAGCCUUACCACUGCUCCCAAUGUGGAAAGUGUUUCAACCAGUCGGGGGAGCUGAAACGGCAUGAGAGAAUACACACAGGAGAGAAGCCUUACCACUGCUCCCAAUGUGGAAAGUGUUUCAACCAGUCGGGGGAGAUGAAACUACAUGAGAGAAUACACACAGGAGAGAAGCCUUACCAUUGCUCCCAGUGCGGACAGAGUUUCAACCGGAAAACAUACCUGAAAGCACAUGAGAGAAUACACACAGGAGAGAAGCCUUACCACUGCUCCCAAUGUGGAAAGUGUUUCGCCCGUUUGGAUGAGCUGAAACGACAUGAGAGAAUACACACAGGAGAGAAGCCUUACCACUGCUCCCAAUGUGGAAAAUGUUUCGUCCGUUCGGGGGAGCUGAAACUACAUGAGAGAAUACACACCGGAGAGAAGCCUUACCACUGCUCCCAAUGCGGAAAGUGUUUCGUCCGUUCGGGGGCGCUGAAACAACAUGAGAGAAUACACACAGGAGAGAAGCCUUACCAUUGCUCCCAAUGUGGAAAGUGUUUCAACCAGAGAGGAAACCUGAAACAACAUGAGAGAAUACACACAGGAGAGAAACCUUACCACUCCUCACAGGGUGCAAACCAUUAGCCCAUUUAGGAUGCCUGAAAGAACACAUUAGACUGCACACAGACGAGAAGGCUUAGAAAAGCUCAGACUGUGGGAAAACAUAGAGAAUCCACACAGGAGAGAGAAAUUACUUCUCUUGGCGUGUAUGUUGAUAUUUCAUAUCACAUUGACUUAAAAUUCAUCAGAGAACAUACACAGUGCUCCCGUUGUCUUAUAUUGUUGACUGACAAUGUGUUUACCUGUCUUUACCAUAUGAAAUUAAAUGGUACAGGGUAUACUCAAACAUAUAUUUGUUUGUUUUUAUUAGAAAACAUGAAGUGAAUAUGGAGUCUGUCAGUUUGAAUAUAAAGAAGAUCAGGUUCCUUCUUUUAAACUCUUUGUGUGUUUAUCUGGGUGUGUCAUUCCUCCAGCACUACAGAUAUUCAAGUGAUAUUUGGAUGUGAUGCAUUAGUUCCAUUGUUGACAUUUGCAUUGUUGGCCCACUGAUGAUUUAAUGAAAUGAAAAUGUUCAGACUCUGUAAUGGAAAAUGUUAAUUGUUUGUGUGUCCACAUAACUGAGUAUGUGACUAACCUUGUGAAACUGUCCUAUUAUAAUCUCCUGUUCUUGUGACUAUCAUCCUGUGUUGCAAACCAGCUGCACCUGCAUCCUUGUAUGAAUAAAGUCCCACCCAGGAACAGGAAACUAUAAAGAUAUGUGCUAAUCACUCAAUGCUUCAGGAAUUCAGACUGUCUACACUGCGCUGUGUAACUCUGUUAUUCUCUCUGAGCUCAGAAAUAAAGAAUCUUGGUUUGACUUGGA